CUCCCCGGUGGCUCGCUUCCAAACGUAGAUUCGAAGAGUCCAAAGCUGUGCUGAAGAAAAUGGCGACAGUCAACAAAAGGGAAUUCCCGGAAGCCAUGUUUGAGGAGGUGACGAGGGAAUACGAGAGAGAGUACCUAAUGACCACAGCAGGAAAGGACCCAACCUCUGAAGAUGUCAAACAAGAGGUGAAAGAAAGCAUGGCGAUCAAUCCAGAUUCUUCUGCGACUGAAAUCAAACUGUCGGAAAAGGAUGAGAAAGAAAAUAUUACUUCCCUUUUCCGCUACAAGCUUACAGCGGCGAGAUUUGUCAUUGUUCUCUGGAAUUG